UGGAGAGCUCUGUAGUCACUAGCUCUGGGUUGAUAAGGCUCCACGGCUGCUCGCAGGGGUCUGUGUUUUCCGCUACUUGGACAAAGUGACAUUGCUUAAGCUUUUCCCCCCACCAGGUAUGACUCUCUGCAGAGCCAGUGAUUGCAGAGGAAAAGCUGCAGUUUGCUUAAGGGAAAUACCUCCAGGAAGGAGGGUCUCGGGGGGCGAGGCGGAGACGGCAGAGCGGGCCUCUCGGCGUCCACUGCGCGGCUGCACCCUGCCCCAUCCUGCCGGGAUCAUGGUCUGCGGCAGCCCGGGAGGGAUGCUGCUGCUGCGGGCCGGGCUGCUUGCCCUGGCUGCUCUCUGCCUACUCCGGGUGCCCGGGGCUCGGGCUGCAGCCUGUGAGCCCGUCCGCAUCCCCCUGUGCAAGUCCUUGCCCUGGAACAUGACCAAGAUGCCCAACCACCUGCACCACAGCACUCAGGCCAACGCCAUCCUGGCCAUCGAGCAGUUCGAAGGUCUGCUGGGCACCCACUGCAGCCCAGAUCUGCUCUUCUUCCUCUGUGCCAUGUACGCGCCCAUCUGCACCAUUGACUUCCAGCACGAGCCCAUCAAGCCCUGUAAGUCUGUGUGCGAGCGGGCCCGGCAGGGCUGCGAGCCCAUCCUCAUCAAGUACCGCCACUCGUGGCCGGAGAGCCUGGCCUGCGAGGAGCUCCCGGUGUACGACCGGGGCGUGUGCAUCUCUCCCGAGGCCAUCGUUACUGCGGACGGAACUGAUUUUCCUAUGGAUUCUAGUAAUGGAAACUGUAGAGGGGCAAGCAGUGAGCGCUGUAAAUGUAAGCCUAUUAGAGCUACACAGAAGACUUAUUUCCGGAAUAAUUACAACUAUGUCAUCCGGGCUAAAGUUAAAGAGAUAAAGACUAAGUGCCAUGAUGUGACUGCAGUAGUGGAGGUGAAGGAGAUUCUAAAGUCUUCUCUGGUAAACAUUCCACGGGAUACUGUCAACCUCUAUACCAGCUCUGGCUGUCUCUGCCCUCCACUUAAUGUUAAUGAGGAAUAUAUCAUCAUGGGCUAUGAAGAUGAGGAACGUUCCAGAUUACUCUUGGUGGAAGGCUCUAUAGCUGAGAAAUGGAAGGAUCGACUUGGUAAAAAAGUUAAGCGCUGGGAUAUGAAGCUUCGUCAUCUUGGACUCAGUAAAAGUGAUUCUAGCAAUAGUGAUUCCACUCAGAGUCAGAAGUCUGGCAGGAACUCGAACCCCCGGCAAGCACGCAACUAAAUCCCGAAACACAAAAAGUAACAUCAGUGAACUUCCUAUUAAGACUUACUUGCAUUGCUGGACUAGCAAAGGAAAAUUGCACUAUUGCACAUCAUAUUCUAUUGUUUACUACAAAAAUCAUGUGAUAACUGAUUAUUACUUCUAUUUCUCUUUUGGUUUCUGCUUUUCUCUUCCCCCAACCCCUUUGUAAUGGUUUGGGGGCAGACUCUUAAAUAUAUUGUGAGUUUUCUAUUUCACUAAUCAUAAGAAAAACUGUUCUUUUGCAAUAAUAAUAAAUUAAACAUGCUGAUACCAAAG